AUGAUCCAGAAAUUCACUUGCGUUCCCAGAUCGGACUACAACGUCAUUAUAGUUUCCAACGGAACUGUUAACCAGAUCGAGUCGAAGUUAAUAGAGAUAAACGAACACAGUAAUAACGAAAUCCCUGUUAAUGCCCAAAUCACAUACUUGGACAAUUUCAGACAUUUGGUCAAACACUUGAACAGGCUUCCAGGGAAGACUUUCAACGGCAAAGUGUUGUUCAUGUUCUUCAACGGUAUGUCGUACAUUCAAGACAUCUUGAGCGACUUGAUCGACCACUACAACAAAUGCACCUUGUUCAACAGUCUUCCAUACUUUAAAUACGAACAUAGCGACCCUGCUGACACAAAUCAGUUCAACACUAUCAUGACCAUAGCCAAUGACAUCUUGAAGAAGAUGAGCUUCAUGACAGGCAGAAUCAGGGGCCUCUAUAUUGACGACUACGAGUUGAACGGAGAGAAAGUGUACCCUUUACAACGCUUGAUGAGAAACUUCCCCAGCGUGGAAAGAAUCGAGUUGUCGAGCUACGCCCAACUCUUCAUGAAUGACAUGAUCUUGGCAUAA